AUGGCGAAGCUCAACAUGUCCGAGGUGUGGGCCGACAUCAAGACGUAUCGUCGAGCCUACCUGCUCACCGCUGUGGCAUCCUUUGGUGGAAUGCUGUUUGGUUGGGACACAGGUCUCAUCGGAGGUGUCUUGACAAUGGAUGCAUUCCAGCACUCAUUCAACCUCGACAAGGACAGCAAAAACUUUGCCAAUCUACAGGGAAACAUUGUUUCUGUUCUCCAGGCAGGAUGUUUCUUCGGCGCCAUGGCCAGUUUCUACGUUUCCGACACCUUUGGUCGUAAAUGGGCGCUCAUCACGGCGGAUAUCAUUUUCAUCAUUGGAUCUUUGAUUCAGACCCUGUGCGGGAUUGGUACGACAAGCCUUGCCCAGCUCUACGUUGGACGUGUGAUUGGCGGUUUCGGCGUUGGCUUGAUUUCAGCCGUCGUCCCGACGUACAUUGGAGAAAACGCGCCCAGGGCGAUCCGAGGACGCUGCAUUGGGUGCAUGCAACUUUUCAACGUGACUGGUAUAUGUCUGUCCUUUUUCGUCAACUACGGCAUCUCCCUCGACAUUACUAGCCCUACGGACUCGACUAAAUGGCGCGUGCCAUUUGCCCUGCAGAUGCUCCCUGGCGCUUUCCUGCUUGUAGGCAUGCUCUUCAUGAACGAGUCUCCGCGCUGGCUUGUAGAGAAAAACAAGCUAAGCCAAGCCGCUAAAGCUCUGGCUCAUGUCCGCGGCAAGAGCGUCGAAGACGCAGAGGUAACACAGGAGUUGGAUGAGAUUAUCGCAGACUUCAACGGUCACGAGAAGAUGCCGAUGGUUGCUCAACUCAAGGCUGCCUGCUCGAACAAGAAGAUGCUGUACCGCUCGAGCUUUGUUGUUAUCCUCAUGUUCUGGCAACAGUGGACGGGAACAAAUUCGAUCAACUAUUAUGCUCCUCAGAUCUUCAAGCAAAUUGGCCUUACUGGUAACUCGUCCGGACUAUUCGCAACUGGAGUUUAUGGUAUCGUCAAGAUCGUCGUGACAGCGAUUGGCCUGAUGGCAUUUACUGAGCAGCUGGGACGCAAAUGGUCGUUGAUCCUCGGAUCGAUUGGCCAAGCGUUUGCGAUGUACUACAUUGGUGUCAACCAAGCAGUCCACCCACCCACAGGCGAACUUGAUGGCAACGCAAUCUUUGCCAUCAUCUGCGUCUAUCUCUUUGUUGUCUUCUAUUCAUUCGGCUGGGGCCCGAUCCCGUUUGUGCUGGCGUCCGAGUGCAGUCCCAACCACGUGCGGUCUCUGCUCAUGGCGGCCUCGCUGAUGACACAAUGGCUCUUCAACUUUGUAAUCGCAAAGAUUACGCCCCUGAUGCUGGACAACAUUACGUACGGAACGUUUCUUCUGUUCGGGUCGCUAUGCAUUGUCAUGGGUAUCUGGACGGUGUUCUGCGUGCCUGAAACCAAGGGGGUGCGGUUGGAGUCUGUGGGAGAGUUGUUCGAGGGCAGCAUUAUCAGGGGUUGUAUUCGGGAUACCAUCCCAAGCAAGUCGCGGGCGAAGCAGCUCAGACAUCAUCACGCGACGGACGAUGCCGACUCGACCAAAAGCGGCGUUGGCAAGGCUGCGAGGGUGGAGCAGAUCGAGGAUGUGUAG